UGGAGCGGGCGGGCGCUGAGGCGGCCGUUUCCUGUCCUGGUGCAUGGUGGUCGGACGGAGGAAUUGUUGGAAAAUUUCUCGGCGAGAUAAACGAUGUUAUUAGCCCAGAUAAAUCGAGACUCUCAGGGAAUGACUGAGUUUUCUGGAGGAGGGAUGGAGGCUCAGCAUGUAACUCUCUGUUUGACAGAAGCAGUAGCUGUGCAAGAUGGUGACAAUUUAGAAAACAUGGAAGGUGUAAGUUUGCAGGCAGUUACGCUUGCUGAUGGCUCCACUGCUUACAUACAGCACAAUUCUAAAGAUGGUAAAUUAAUGGAUGGCCAGGUGAUUCAACUAGAAGAUGGCUCUGCUGCCUAUGUUCAACAUGUAUCCAUGCCAAAAAGUAGGGACAGUCUGCGCCUGGAAGAUGGCCAGGCAGUUCAGCUGGAAGAUGGAACUACUGCAUUUAUUCAUCAUGCUUCAAAAGACAGUUAUGACCAGAGUGCAUUACAGGCAGUCCAGCUGGAAGAUGGAACCACUGCUUACAUUCACCAUACAGUUCAAAUGCCACAGUCAGAUACCAUCUUAGCUAUUCAAGCUGAUGGCACAGUAGCAGGCCUUCAUACAGGAGAUGCUACAAUUGAUCCAGAUACCAUCAGUGCUUUGGAGCAGUAUGCAGCCAAGGUGUCUAUUGAUGGAAAUGAAAGUGUUAGUAGCUCAGGAAUGAUAGGUGAAAAUGAACAAGAGAAAAAAAUGCAGAUUGUCUUGCAAGGACAUGGAACAAGAGUGACAGCUAAAUCUCAGCCAAGUGGAGAGAAGGCUUUUCGCUGUGAAUAUGAUGGCUGUGGAAAAUUGUACACAACAGCUCACCAUCUUAAGGUGCAUGAAAGGUCACACACAGGAGAUCGACCAUAUCAAUGUGAACAUCCUGGUUGCGGCAAAGCAUUUGCAACAGGUUAUGGAUUAAAAAGCCACGUCCGAACCCAUACUGGAGAGAAGCCCUAUCGGUGUACAGAGGAGAACUGCACCAAGUCAUUCAAGACUUCUGGGGACCUGCAGAAACAUAUCAGAACCCACACAGGUGAAAGACCAUUCAAAUGUCCCUUUGAAGGCUGUGGAAGGUCGUUCACAACAUCCAAUAUUAGAAAAGUUCACAUCAGGACGCAUACUGGUGAAAGACCCUAUUACUGUACAGAACCAGGAUGUGGGAGAGCAUUUGCCAGUGCAACCAAUUACAAGAACCAUGUGAGAAUACAUACAGGUGAGAAGCCCUAUGUCUGCACGGUUCCUGGCUGUGACAAACGUUUCACAGAAUAUUCCAGUUUAUACAAACACCAUGUUGUACAUACUCAUUCCAAACCAUACAACUGCAAUCACUGUGGGAAAACAUACAAGCAGAUUUCCACACUUGCUAUGCACAAGCGGACAGCGCACAACGACACAGAGCCAAUUGAAGAAGAGCAGGAAGCUUUCUUUGAGCCGCCUCCAGGUCAAGGUGAAGAUGUUCUAAAAGGCUCCCAGAUAACCUAUGUCACAGGUGUAGAUGGGGAGGAUGUCGUUUCCGCACAAGUUGCUACAGUUACUCAGUCAGGGCUUGGUCAACAAGUUGCAUUAAUUUCCCAGGAUGGGACCCAGCAUGUCAACAUCUCUCAGGCUGACAUGCAGGCCAUUGGAAAUACUAUUACUAUGGUAACACAAGAUGGCACCACCAUCACAGUCCCUGCCCAUGAUGCAGUCAUUUCUUCUGCAGGAACACAUUCUGUUGCAAUGGUAACUGCAGAGGGCACUGAAGGACAGCAGGUUGCUAUAGUGGCUCAAGACUUAGCAUUCCAUAGUGCCCCAUCAGAAAUGGGACAUCAGCAACAUGGGCAUCACUUAGUGACUACAGAAACCAGGCCUGUUACAUUGUUGGCUACAUCCAAUGGAACGCAAAUUGCAGUGCAGCUUGGAGAGCAGCAGUCUUUGGAAGAAGCCAUCAGAAUAGCCUCCAGAAUACAACAGGGUGAAACACCAGGGAUUGAUGAUUAACUUCUAAUACUGCUACAAGAACAAUAGAGCAAAUGAUAUUUUAUUUUCAAUCAACAAAGGUCCAUGCCAGCUGCAAUCCAUAAAAACUUUGAUGUUUUCCUGCUCAUUCAUACUCUGUACACAUUUUAUGCAAGAGCGAAGAACCUUUUAAAACGCGCAUAACUUUUGUGUACCUGACCCGUGGAAUAGACCAGCACAAUCUUCUCAACCCAUUGUGUAUCCAGGAAUAUGAAAUUAGGAUUACAUAAUAAAUUUCCUCAUUAUCCUUUCGUCAGAUUUCAACCAGUCUACAAAAAAGCAAAAGCUGAUGUAGAAGUAUUGGAAUGAAUUUUUAAUAUAAUGUGCAAAAUAAUGAAGGCAUUAUUGAAGAUUUCAAAUGUUUAAAACAUUAUACCAAAAUCAUUUCAGGAACCCUUACAGGUAAUAAAGAAAGUAAAGCAUUUUUAAUUGUCUCCCAUAAAUAGAAGAAUCUUGGAGUUGAGCCUACUGUAAAUCUUUGCAUUUUGAUUUGCAUUUCAUACAGAUUUGAAGAUUCUUCUUAUUUAGAUUCCCUGCCCAGCUCAUUCAUUGUACAUACAGACUGUUAAUGCUGGAAGUGCUAAUUAUAUUAUCUUAAAAAUGGAUUAUGUACAAAAGAGAAACUUUGGUUGUUCAAUAUUAAAGGAAGUAAAUCUAAUUAUUCUGUUUCUUUACAUAUUUUACUUAAUCUUAAAAUGUUAUCUUCAAAUUAUGAUGCAAUAAAGGAUAACAAGUUUAUAUUA